UAAUUCAUUAUGUUUUGAGCAGCUGUUCUGUGAGCAAAACGAAGCCGCGAUUGCAUGGAUUUCGACAUAAAUUGCAACAGUGUAAGAGUGUCUCACUGACCCAGGAUUACCGGCAAAAUCACCCCGCCGAGGAUGUACAUCGAGGAGGAGGAAGAGGACAACGACGAGGAGCUGGACGAGUGGGAGACGCUGCGCACCGUGGAGGAUUUCGACUACGUGCCCACAAGCUCCGGGGGCGCCUCGACCAGGGAGGCGGGCGGGAUGCAGCUGUUGCCAUCGAAGCCCUCGACGCCGGUGAGUCUGCUGGUGGAGAGCUUGCUGCAGCAGCUCUGUCACCUACUGGAGAGUGAUUCUGUGCGCUCGACGCGGCUGUACAAGUCCAUCUGCGAGCAGCUUCAGCAGAUGAACCUCAUCGACGAUACGUGGGAGAUGGGAGAGUUCGAGGCCAUGCGCAGCCAGUACCAGCGCGCGCUGUUCCAGCUCGUGGCCGUGGCGCGCGGUCCGGAUCUGCCGCACUCGCUGCAGUCCGCGUGGCCCGUGGCGUCUGCCAGCCUGGACUGGUCGCGCUACCGCAGGGACUUCGAGGAGCUGUCCUUCAUCGCCGGCGGCGGCUUCGGCAAGGUAUUCCGCGCGCGCAACCGCCUGGAUGGCAUUGAGUACGCGGUGAAGAAGGUGCUAAUCAAGUCCACGAGCGUGGACAAGGUGCUGUCGCAUCUGAAGGAGGUGCGCACCUUCGCCGGGCUCAAUCACAUCAACAUCGUGCCCUACAAAGCGGCCUGGAUGGAGCCGCUGAUGUCUGGCGAGGACGCCAUGGCGAAUCCCGAGGACACCGACAGCAUGUCCGUGGCGCCAGACGCGUCCUUCGGCGACACAGCCGACGACUCUGUGAUAUUCGCCGCCAGCAGCAAUGCGGCUCUGGAAUGGACGAGCUCGCUGCGCAUCAGCACGAACCGCACGAUCAGCCUGCAGGAGCACCAGCCGCACGUGAACCUGCGCUGGGCAAUGCUCUACAUCCAGAUGUCUCUCUGCCAGCUCACGCUGCGCGAGUGGCUGGACAAGCGCAACGCCAGCGACAACUUCCCCGCCUUCUUCACCCAAUUCCUCGCCGAGAGCGUUCAGUCUCACAUGCCGUGCCUGCCGGCGGCCCAGAAUCCCGAGCGGCGCCUCACGCAAGUGGCGCUGGACAUAUUCAGUCAGCUGGCCAACGGCCUGCGGUACAUCCACGAGUGCAGAAUUGUGCAUCACGAUAUCAAGCCUAGUAACGUGUUCGUGGGCGUGAGCAAUUGCGAGCGCCUCGUCGUGCAGCUGGGCGACUUCGGGCUGGCAUGUCCGCUUGAGGACUCGCACAGGGACGGCGCCAUGGGCACGCCGCUCUACGCAGCGCCCGAGCAACUCGACGGCCGCUGCGACCCCAAGAGUGACAUCUACAGCCUCGGCGUCAUCCUGCUGGAGCUCCUCAUUCCCUUCCGCACCGACAUGGAGCGCGCGCGCGUCAUGGAUGACGCCAAGAACGGCCAGCUGCCGUCCAGUCUGUCGCCGCGCUUCGCCACCCUCCUGUCGCGCCUCCUGGGCAAAUCGCCCGGCCGGCCUUCGGCCGCGGAUCUCUGCGUGGUGGCUGCAGAGUUGCUGGCGGCGCGCGAGGGCGGCACCGCGAUUGCGGAACUCGAGCGCCGGUUGAGUGAGAAGGACGAAGAGAUCCUCAGUCUCAGGAGUCAGGUGAAGUCUACGGAGCGCUUCCAGCAGAUGCAGCUGAUGAGCAAGGAUCUGGAGAUCCGCGAGCUGCAGCUGCGUUAUGAGGAGGAGAAGAGGACGCGAGAGGAAGAGAUCCGCGUGCUCAAGGAGCGGCUCAACUCCACGACGCUGAAAGACGAGGAGAGCUGAAGUUUAGCGUAGUCAUUUUAAGGACAUCCGUGUGACAAAGAGCAAUGAUCUUAAGUAUUUUGAAUAUCAAAUAUCAUCUCGUUAAA